AUGUGUAUCAAACACGUAAAUGUGUGCUGCCACUGCGGCGAACUCCUGGAGCCGCAUUGGGUCAGCUGCAACUUUCACCUACUUCUGUCCCGGACAGCUCUGAGCCAAAUUCCUCCUCUGGAGGAGCCGCUCCACAGCCAGUGCCCCUAUCAGAAGAGCAAUGUGCGUCCUACGCUCCGCGGAUGUGUCAAUAGCGACUCUUGCCCCUCUUGGCUUUGGGGUUUGACCGAGGGGCUUGGUGAGGCUGAGGACGAAAGUCGGGAGGUGACCGAGGCUCAAGAAGAGGUUGCAAGAGCAAAGUAUGAAGAGUAUAAGAAGGAGUUUGCUAAGAAUCACUACACUCGACGAUCGCCUCCAAUUCGAAAGAACUUUGGAGAAUUCCUGGAGACGGCACUUGAUGAUCUACCUUCCCCGGACCCGGAAUACAAUUCCGACGAUUACUUUAGCUUGACGGAUGACGAUGAAGGGCAGGAGCUUCUAUCUGAGGCUUGCUCUCUUGGAAGCCUUUCGGGCUCUAUGUCAGCCAGCAGCGCUCCUCCUGGUCUGGGUGUCCACUUCGAGAUUAACCCUGAGCUGCUCACCCAAGAGAACGUCCCUGCCAAGAAAGAUGUCACAGACACAGAGAUCGAGCCUCCCUCGGCCGAAAACCUGGCAAAAGAGUAUCGAGAUCUCGUAGCACCUAUCUGGGCUUGGUUCUUCUCAAACGACUCGGACCCUGAUACUGAAGCCUCUUAA